AUGCCGAUCCUCCUCGAGGCUAUUCAACGCUUCGCAGAACCCCAAGAAGUUUCCAACUCGAUAAUGAUUCUCGUGGUCGGCUGCAAUGGCCUCGCUUCGAAUUUUCUCGGCAUGGUUCUCUUACAGUGGCAUGAGAAACCUGAGCUCUACGGCUUACCAGAUCAGCAACGAACAAUUAUACAAGAGCCAUCACAACACGCACAUGUCGGUCCACCCCACGAUCUUGCGCCCGGAUGUCAUUACAAGCCAGUCAAUCACACGCAAUCCGUAGAAAUAGUAGGCAUGGCCCCGAAAUCCAACCACACCUCACGAACCCAUCGAUUCCGUCUCCGUCUGAAGAACGGACUGAACUUGUGGAUCUACCUAUACACAUGCAAAGCGACGGCAGUACAGGAAAUGGCAAAAAGUCAGAAUCUGAACAUGAAAGGAGUAUUCUUGCACGUUCUCGGUGACGCUGUGGGCAAAAUCGGUGUCAUCGCUUCGGGCCUGUUCGUCUGA